AGCGGGAGAAAGGAAUCUAAUGGCGAGUUAAAGAAGGGAGAAGACGAUUUGUUCUGGAAUUAAGUAACAUUUUUCGAUCUGGAAUGAUUUUGUCAACCCUUUAGCUCAACUUGACUUAGAAGAGGACGAAGCAGAAUGCGGCGCUCAGGUGCUCCCAGCCAACUUUUGGGUAAUGCACUUAAAAAGCCAAGAUUUGUGCCUCCUGGAGCAUCGACGACUUCUCCUCUGGCUGAAUCCAAACCUCUCACCCCUAAACUGGGUUUAAGCAAUGCACUGGAUAAGGUUCAGAGAAGUCUAGCAGCACCAGCUGUGAGUACGACACCAAGUCCAGUUCAGCCCAAAGCUGCCCAAACUGCUCCAGCCAUGUCCAGGGCUCUGGAUCGUGUUCUCGGUGCAACAGAGAGCAAAGAAAAUGAGACAAAAUAUGAAAAUCCUGGCUCGGGAGAUUUUGCAGAAGACAACAAAGCAACAGGAGUGAUUCCCAGGUCUCCUCAAACCCCUCGGCCUCCACACUCCAGCUGCAAUCAGGAAGGAGUGAGAUACUUGAGUGUGGUUUGGUGUAAAGCCAGUAAGAAGAAACACAAACGCUGGGAAGGCGAUGCCGUUCUCGUUACAAGAGGACGCACAGUCACGCUUAAAGACAUGGAGGGGAAGGAUAUUGGAAAGGGUAGCGGCUACAAGGUGUCACAGCUGGCUUCACUGUCUGAAGGAGAGACUCUGAUGAUCGGUGGGAAGGAGGUGGAGGUGAUGGGGAUUAUUUCAGCAGAGGACUUCGCUAAAGGACGUUGCUUCCAGGAGGUUCAAACUGAGCGGGUGGAGUCGAGCACGAUCUCUGCGCCGCCUCCGGCUCGUCGCUUUGCAUCCAAACCCUUCUGUCCCCCUACGAUGGUCGGCAGGGCCGAACAUCUAGGGGCAAAACCGGAGGAGGAACAAACCUGCAGACCUCGACACGACCCACUAGCUCCAGGUGCACUGGUGAUGCCUCGCCCCUCGUCCAACCACCAGUGGUCUAAUAACAAGUCGGGGCUUCCUGUGGUCGAUGUCGUCGUGGAUCCACACCUGACCGCUCAGCUGCGACCUCAUCAGAGAGACGGUCUGCUCUUCCUCUACGAGUGUGUCAUGGGCAUGAGAGCUGUGGGUCGGUGCGGCGCCAUCCUGGCUGAUGAAAUGGGUUUGGGGAAGACGCUGCAGAGCGUUGCGUUGUCCUGGACGCUGCUGAAGCAGGGACCUUACGGUGGGAGGCCGGUGGCGAAGCGUGUCCUCGUGGUGACGCCCGGCAGCCUCGUCCAGAACUGGAAAGCAGAGUUUAACAAGUGGCUGGGCAGGGAGAGGAUCAGCGUUUUCACUGUGGAUCAGGACCACAGGAUCGAGCAGUUCGUCGUGUCUCCUCUACACAGCGUUCUCGUCAUCAGCUAUGAAAUGCUGCUGCGCUGCCUCGAGCAGGUGCAGACAGUGGAGUUUGGUCUUAUAAUUUGCGAUGAAGGUCACAGGUUGAAGAACAGCAGCAUUAAAACGUCGUCAGCGCUCAGCAGCCUCAGCUGUACCCGCAGAGUCAUACUCACAGGCACGCCGGUGCAGAACGACCUGCAGGAAUUCUACGCAAUUAUAGAGUUUGUUAAUCCGGGGAUUCUUGGGUCGUCCACCGGUUAUAGGAAAGUGUACGAGGAACCGAUUCUGCGCUCCCGACAGCCAUCCUGCUCAGAGGAGGACAGAGCUCUGGGUGAAGAGCGAGCAGCCGAACUCUCCCGUCUGACCAGCAUGUUCAUCCUGAGGCGGACGCAGGAGAUCAUCAACCGCUACCUGCCUCCUCGUCUCGACUGGACGCUGUUCUGCGAGCCGUCGCCUCUGCAGCGAGAGCUUUACCAUCAGCUGCUGAGCCACCGAGUGUUCAGGGCCUGUCUGCAGGAAUCCGUUCAGACGCACACUCACCUGGCCUGCAUCACUGCACUGAAGAAGCUCUGCAACCACCCCGGUCUGCUGCACGGCACUGUCAAGGAGAGAACUGAUCGUGGAUCUGUGGAGAGUUCCUUGUACGAAGGCCUGGUAGAUCUGUUCCCAGAAUCCUAUUCUUCAGGAGGAUUCGACGCUGCUGACUCUGGAAAACUGCUGGUUCUGUCGGAUCUGCUGGCCGCCAUCAGACAGCUCAGCCCUUCAGACAGGGUGGUCGUGGUGUCGAACUACACUCAGACACUCGACUUGCUCCAGAACCUGUGCGUCCACUCAGGAUACACCUUCUGUCGACUGGACGGACAGACACCCACCAACCAGAGGCAGCGACUGGUCGACGGUUUUAACAGUCCUUAUUCUCAGAACUUCCUCUUUCUGCUGAGCUCUAAAGCAGGCGGCGUCGGACUUAAUCUGAUCGGUGCUUCCCACCUGGUGCUGUACGACAUCGACUGGAACCCGGCCAACGACAUUCAGGCCAUGGCCCGAGUGUGGAGAGAUGGUCAGAAGAAGACGGUGCACAUCUACCGACUUCUCACUGCAGGCACCAUUGAGGAGAGAAUAUUUCAGAGACAGGUGUCCAAACAGGGGCUUUCUGGGACUGUGGUGGACCUGGGGAAAGGGUCGGAGCACACGAGUUUCUCCACCAGCGAGCUGCGAGAUCUUUUCAGCCUGACGGACACGCCGUCGCUGACCCACGACCUGCUGAACUGUGACUGCAGCAUGGACGGUUCAAUCAAUGCCGUCGUCGAGGAGGAGGAGGAGCCGGCUCCCGAUAGGCCCUGCCAGCUCGGUCGUCACCACGGCGACCGGGGCAGAGCGUCACAGAAGCACCUCAGCAUGUCGGAGCUCAUGCAGUGGCGGCAUUUCUCCGGUGACACACACACCUUCUCGGACGCGUACCUCGAUCACGCUCGACACCACAUCACCUUCGCCUUCCAGACCACCAUCUCUCACGCAGCCCAGUAAACACUCCGCCGGUUGACUCACACUCGUAGAUUUCUCCCACAUGUUUGUCUUCGGGGCUCUCUGGGCUUUGUCACCGAAUGACUAACCGGCCACGACUGCCAACAACAACAGAUACAGCUUCCAACCGUUUUAAAUUGCGGUGUUUAUGGGCUUCUUUAUGUUGUCUUGUCUGUGUUUUCUCUCUAUUUAUUCGUGGCAUUUUGCUGUAAAAGUUCAUGAAAUAAAUGAAACUCAAAAGACAUGUGCGUGAAAUAGGCUUUUAAUUAGCUGAACGUUUAUUAAUGACUCAAAUUAUUCAUCCUCAUGCCAAAUAUAUAUUUUAUAGUGGAUUUUUACUUGACUAAUAGAUUUCUUCUGGUUGGAAAGGACGCUAGUGAUUUUUCCCCACCUUUUUACUGAAAAUGCAACAUUUAAAAGUUGUUUUUUCUACCAAAUCAUUCAACAAGUUCUGAUAGUUGCUAAGAAGUUUUCUGCAGGUCUCCACUGGGAUUUUGUUCCUCUUUUUGUCGAUCUCCACCUUCCUCUUUGCUCUUCAGUUCCUCCACAGAUCUGCAUUUUAUUAGAAAGUGUGAACAAUUUCAAGGAGUGAGUGAUUUUGAACUUGGUGUUUUUUGUGUAAAAAAGUGAAGAAUAAUAAAAGAAAAAGCUGAAAUUUCUUUCUACCGCUUUUGCUAGAAAUGCCAUGUCCAGUAUUAUUUACACACAUUAAAAUUGUCACAAUUUAUUUGAGAGAAUGCAGCUUCUAUACCAGCCCAGAUGAUCCUAGUUUACACCUAUGUCUUAGUUUUUCUAGUAAAAAUGUAAAAAACCAACAACAUAGAGACAGUUCAAGUUCAUUAUUAACACCUCUUAUAAGAGGUCUUGUUGUUUUUUGUCGCUUUUUUAUGUCAUUUCCACCCAGAAGAACUUUGCUGAUCACAAAUCAAAAUCACUAUAAAUUGAAAUUUAGCAUGAAUGUGAGUAAUUCAGGCCGUAACUGUACAUCUGCGUCUGUAUGUGUUUUCAUUCUUUAACUAGAUAACAGAGGAACUUAGAAUGUGUAUCUACCUAUUAUGCAUUUGAGUUCUGAUAUUCAGUUAAUGCAUUUAUGGUUAUUAAACUUGUGAAGACAAAUAA